ACUAGAAAAUUUUGAUAAAAAAAUAUCGAUGGCGCAAGGAACGUAAACAUCGUAGAAAUAGUUUAUUUUCUUUAAUUUUUACAUCGCUAGUCACAAUGAGUUUUGUUAGUGAUUUAUCGCAGUCAAAUGAAUACUUAAGUUUCCGAAGCAGCAUUCCACUUAGGAAAAUUGUGGUAGAUUCCGAUGGAUCUAAGGCAUGGAAAAUAUUCGAUUGCGGUCCAAAGUCGGUCAGUUGUCCUUUAGUUUGUUUACCACCAGUAUCUGGUACAGCUGAUAUUUUUUACAAACAAGUCAUGGGGCUGGCUUCACGUGGAGUUCGUGUCAUAUCAGCGGAACCACCGCCCUAUUGGAACAUGAAGGAAUGGUGUGACGGGUUUAAACGUCUCAUAGACUAUCUGGAACUUGAUAAGGUUCAUAUUUUUGGAGCGUCUUUAGGAGGUUUUAUAGCACAGAAAUUUACGGAAGUAACACAGAAUUGUCCCCGAGUGGCCUCUCUAAUCCUUUGCAACAGCUUCACCGACACCUCCGUAUUUGAGUACAAUGACUCAUCUGCAUUAUUUUGGCUUCUUCCUUCUCUUGUACUAAAGAGGAUGUUAAUGGGCAACUUCGUUUCCGAUAAAGUUGACAGACGAAUAGCGGAAUCUAUUGACUUCAUGGUUGAGAGACUUGAAUCACUAAACCAGUCAGAGCUGGCCUCAAGGUUAACACUCAACUGCACACCGAGCUACGUACAACCAACAGUACUUAAAAACCUUCCAAUCACUAUAAUGGACGUCUGGGAUGAGAGUGCCUUAAGUUCGCAAGUCAGAGAGGACCUAUUCAAGUCCUAUCCACAGGCAAAGUUGGCCCACCUAAAGAGUGGUGGGAAUUUCCCGUACCUUAGCAGAAGUGAUGAAGUCAACUUACAUUUAUUAAUACAUCUAAGGCAGUUUGAUGGCAGUGACCUGACAGCAUCAUACCUAAAUCUCCACAAAGUCCCGACGUCACCCACAAAUCCUGAAGAAGGCACCGUCAGCUAUUUUAAUCAAACAGAUAAAUUCGUUAAAAUCUCAUAAGUUUCAACUCUGUUAUAUUUAGGUGUAAGAACAAAUGUUUUAAUAAAAAUAAUAUCUGUUUAACUGUAUAAGCGCUAGUCUGCUAACAAGUCCUUUUAGUACAGAAUUAUUUUUAUAACUACCACUUAC